AUGACAUCACCCUUCAGCUUCCAGCACAGCCAGCUGUGGUUUCUAGAAGCGGAACUGAGAAGCGGUCCUGUGGUAUCACACACACAGCAUCCACCAAUAUUGUGGGGGGGAUUUUAAAGCGUAUCUUCUACGAGGCGAACCCGGCAGCCUGGAUUUUCGGCAGAACCGAUAUAUGCGGGAUUAUUAUACGUGAUAAAUGAUUUUUUUUCAUAGGACGACGUGACUAGCGAUGUGUAUAUGCACAACAAUAAUUAAUAAGGAGCAUCCUUAACCUCAAGGUGAACGUGAUCUUACUGAAACAGACGCCAAAAAAGGAGACAUGAAGCUCAAGUGUUUCUGAAAACAUCACUGGGAGUGCCGAGACGUCCUGUGUGAAGCGUCCUUCGCCAUCCUCGUCGUGGGGGCUCGGCUCUCCAGCCGGGCCGAAGGUCGCCCGAGAUCAUGUGGUCUCCCUGCCGUCUAGCCUGCUCGCUGCUGCCCCCGGUGCUCCUCUUCCUGUCCAGCUGCCAUGCCUUAUCCGCCCCGCGGUUCACGAAGCUGCCCGUCGACCAGAUCGGCGUGUCCGGGGGCGUGGUCUCCUUCGUCUGCCAGGCCACAGGGGACCCCAAACCCCGAGUGAACUGGAUCAAGAAAGGGAAGAAGGUCAACUCCCAGCGUAUCGAGACGAUCGAGUUCGACGAGGGCGCCGGGGCGGUGCUGCGAAUCCAGCCUCUGCGUGCCCCGCGGGACGAGAACACCUACGAGUGCAAGGCGGAGAACAGCGAGGGCGACGUCACCAUCACCGCUAAGCUCUCCAUCAUCCGAGAGGACCUGCUGCCGCCCGGCUUCCCCAACAUCGACAUGGGCCCCCAGCUGAAGGUGGUGGAGCGCACGCGCACGGCCACCAUGCUGUGCGCCGCCAGCGGCAACCCCGACCCCGAGAUCACCUGGUUCAAGGACUUCCUGCCAGUCGACCCCGGCUCAAGUAACGGGCGAAUCAAACAGCUGCGAUCAGGUGCCCUCCAGAUAGAGAACAGCGAGGAGACGGACCAGGGGAAGUACGAGUGCGUGGCAUCCAACAAAGAAGGCGUUCGCUACUCCUCCCCCGCCAACCUAUACGUGAGAGAGCUUCGAGAAGUCCGGCGUGUGCCCCCUCGUUUCUCAAUCCUGCCCACUAAUCAUGAGAUCAUGCCGGGCGGCAGCGUCAAUAUCACUUGCGUGGCGGUGGGCUCCCCGAUGCCCUACGUCAAGUGGAUGCUGAACGACGAGGAUCUCACGCCGGAGGACGAGAUGCCUGUAGGCCGCAACGUGCUGGAGCUCAACAGCGUGCGCGAGUCGGCCAACUACACCUGCGUAGCCAUGAGCAGUCUGGGCAUCAUCGAGGCUGUGGCCCAGAUCAUUGUCAAGUCGCUGCCGAAGCCCCCAGGCACUCCAGUGGUUACAGAAACCACAGCGACCAGCAUCACCAUCACCUGGGACUCGGGGAACCCCGAUCCCGUCUCUUACUACAUCAUCCAGUACCGCGCUAAGGCCCCUGACAGCAAAUUCGAGACUAAGGAUGGCAUCACCACCACGCGCUACAGCAUCGGGGGCCUCUACCCCAACACUGAGUACGAGAUACGGGUGUCGGCCUUCAACGCCAUUGGACAGGGCCCACCCAGCAAUCCAGUGGAGGCUCGGACAGGAGAACAAGCCCCCGCUAGCCCACCCCGGAAUGUCCAUGCCCGUAUUAUUUCCCAGAACACUAUGAUGGUACGCUGGGACGACCCAGAGGAGCCCAACGGACAGAUCAAGGGGUACCGGGUCUACUAUACUAUGGACCCAUCUCUACCUAUGAGCCAGUGGCAUAUCCACAACGUGCAGCAGAGUUUUAUGACGACUGUGCAGAGCCUCACCCAAUCCGAAACAUACACCAUCCGCGUCCUGGCCUUCACCUCUGUGGGUGACGGUCCUUUCUCUGAGCCCAUACACGUCAAGGUGCUGCAGGGAGUUCCGGGUCAGCCCACCAAGUUUCAAGUGGGCAGAGUGACGGAGACGAGCGUGGAGUUGACCUGGGAGCCUGCCUACGAUAAGGAGGGCAUCAUCAGCUAUGAGCUGGUUUACAAAGAGGGCAAGUCUGGCACCCAGAUGAAAAAGCAAUUUGGUCCCACCUCCUCGUAUGUGGUGGAGGGUCUACGAGCAAACACGGAGUACUCCUUCUCGCUCGCCGCCGUCUCCAGCAAAGGCAUUGGUGCCUUCACCAACGAAAUUGUCCAGAAGACGUCUCAAGCCAAGCCCUCCGCCCCCCCCCAAGACAUUAAGUGCAGCAGUUCCAGCUCCACCACUUUGCUGGUAAGUUGGCAGCCUCCCCCCAAGGAGAGCCAGAAUGGCGCCCUGGCUGGGUACACAGUCCGCCACCGGGUGGCGGGGGCCGAAGCUGGCGGCGAGCCCACCGAGGAGCCCCCAGUGCCCCCCACCGAGGGACAACUCCUGCUACAAGGGCUGGAGAAGUGGACCCAGUAUGAAGUCACUGUGGCCGCAUUCACCAACAAGGGACCCGGACCGGAGAGCCCCCCCCUGCUGUGUCGCACAGAUGAGGAUGUCCCCGGGGCGCCCCCGCGCCGUGUUGAGGUGGAAGUGCUCAACUCCACGGCAGUGAAGGUGAUGUGGCGCUCCCUAGUGCCGGGACGGCAACACGGCCAGAUCCGGGGCUACCAAGUGCACUAUGUCCGUGUGGAUAAUGACGACUCGCGCAGCCUCCCGCGGAGCCUCCCGCGCAUCAAGGACGUCAUGCUGGCUGACGCCCAGUGGGAGACGGACGAAACGGCUGAAUAUGAGAUGAUCAUUGGGGGCCUGCAACCCAACACCACCUACUCCAUCACCGUGGCAGCCUACACCACCAAAGGGGAUGGCGCACGCAGCAAGCCCAAAGUCGUUUUGACCAAAGGAGCAGGUUUGUACCAAAAGUCAUUGGUCUUAUCAUUAUUACUUAGCCUUAGUGAGGUUAUGUAUGUGGAUAUCUAUGUCAG